GAGAGAGAGAGAGAAAGAAAGUUACCUUUUCUUUCUUUCCGUACGAUUCUGCCUUGCUUUCGUGAUAUAUCUUUCGAGUCCAUGUCGCAAGAGUUGUCUUGCUUAUAAGACAGAGAGAAAUCCUCGACAUCUCCACCCCCAUCUCACUGCAAAUCUUCCCAGUUUUGUGAACCUCGAUCGAUCCCUUCUCGGAUUUUGGCCAAUGCAGCUCCAAUUCGAGCCCGCACGCCUCUCAGAUCGGGUUUCCUCGGGCUGUUGAUCUCGUAGCUAAAGGGGUUGGAGCGUAACCGUCGAGGUGGGCACCGGAUCGAGCUCGCCAUGGCGUCGCGGCCUGAUCCGAGGGGGAGGAGAUCAGCGCAGGUGCCUUCCAAGCCCACCAAUUCGCCGAGUUCGUCCACGACUUCGUCCUCCAGGCAGCUGCCUGAGGCCUCCGUCGACGGACAGAGCUCGCCGGCAUCCUCGUCGGUCAGGGACAAGCCGCAGUACUUCUGCACGGGCAGUGAGGCGUUCGAUGCGGAGGGAUCCAAAGAGAAUGUGACGGUCACGGUCCGGUUCCGGCCUCUCAGCCCGCGUGAGAUUCGUCAGGGAGAAGAGACUGCUUGGUACGCCGAUGGGGAUACGAUUGUUCGUAGUGAGCACAAUCCGUCACUGGCAUAUGCUUAUGAUCGAGUGUUUGGACCUACAACAACAACACGCCAUGUGUAUGAUGUGGCUGCUCAGCAUGUUGUCAGUGGUGCUAUGGAGGGUGUCAAUGGCACAAUUUUUGCUUAUGGUGUUACAAGCAGUGGCAAAACACAUACGAUGCAUGGAGAUCAAAGGUCCCCAGGAAUCAUACCGUUGGCUGUAAAAGAUGCAUUUAGCAUCAUACAAGAGACUCCAAGCCGUGAGUUUCUUCUACGUGUAUCAUAUAUGGAAAUCUACAAUGAGGUUGUUAAUGAUUUGUUAAAUCCAGCAGGACAGAAUUUGCGAAUCAGGGAGGACUCUCAGGGAACAUUUGUUGAAGGCAUUAAGGAGGAGGUUGUCUUGUCUCCUGCACAUGCACUGUCCCUUAUUGCAGCUGGAGAAGAGCAUAGACAUGUUGGAUCAAAUAACUUCAAUUUACUAAGCAGUCGAAGUCAUACAAUUUUCACACUGACAAUAGAAAGUAGCUCUUGUGGUGAUUGCAGUGAAGGGGGAGCAGUUAAUUUUUCGCAGCUUAACCUUAUCGAUCUGGCAGGUUCUGAGAGCUCAAGAGCUGAAACUACUGGAGUCCGUCGGAGAGAGGGGUCUUUUAUAAAUAAAAGCCUCUUAACUCUUGGAACUGUAAUUGCAAAAUUGACUGAUGGAAAAGCUACACAUAUCCCUUAUAGAGAUUCCAAAUUAACUCGUCUCCUCCAAUCAUCUUUAAGUGGUCAAGGGCGUGUUUCUCUCAUCUGUACAGUAACCCCAUCAUCAAGCAAUGCAGAGGAGACACAUAACACACUGAAAUUUGCCCAUCGGGCAAAAUGCAUUGAGAUUCAAGCUUCACAAAAUAAAAUUAUAGAUGAAAAGUCUAUGAUAAAGAAGUACCAAAAUGAGAUCCGUUGCUUAAAACAAGAGCUAGAACAGUUAAAGAGAGGAAUUGUGACAGUUACUCCACAGAAAGAUACUGGAGAAGAUGACAUUUUUCUCUUAAAACAAAAGCUAGAGGAUGGUCAUGUCAAGCUACAGUCAAGGCUGGAACAGGAAGAAGAAGCCAAAGCUGCUUUACUGGGAAGGAUACAACGUUUGACAAAAUUAAUUUUGGUUUCUACAAAAACAAACCAGUCUCCAAUAUUUCCUCCACAUGCUGCUCCUAGGCGAAGACACUCUUUUGGAGAAGAGGAGCUUGCUUAUCUCCCAUAUCGGAGACGAGAUAUGAUAUUAGAUAAUGAAAAUGGUGUCUUCUAUGCUCCACUUGAAGGAUUUGGUGAAACUAAUGAUGAUGCUUUGAAAGAGGAGAAAAAGAACAAAAAACAUGGACUCCUAAAUUGGUUCAAGCUACGGAAACGAGAUAGUGGUUUGACAACGUUGACAAGUUCAGAUGGUGACAAAUCAAGUGUUACAAAGUCAUACACUACACCUUCUACUCCUCAAGCAGAAAGUGUAAACUUCCCUUCAGAACCUGGAAUAUCGAAUUCCAUAAUUCCAGAAAGUAUUCCCCCUGAUGAUCUACUUGAUGUGGUCCAUGAUAGAGAACUUCAUGCUGAUGAUCUCUCUUUCCAAGAGACACCUCUGAUUACCAUUAAAACAAUAGAUCAUGUUGAAUUGCUCAGAGAGCAAUUAAAAAUUCUUGCUGGAGAAGUGGCACUUCAUUCAAGUGUUCUAAACCGACUUUCAGAUGAAGCUGCCAAGAACCCAAAGAAUGAACGAAUUCAAAUGGAGAUGAGUAAGGCCAGUGAAGAGAUAAAGGCCAAGAACCAGCAAAUAGCUUCUCUGGAAAAACAGAUGGCAAAUUCAAUCUCAGUGACUCAAAACAGAAUGAGCAAAUUGGGGCUUUCACCAUCAUAUGCUGAACUACUAGAACAACUAAAUGAGAAAUCUCUUGAACUGGAGGUAAAGACUGCAGACAACAGUAUAAUACAGGAUCACCUGCAGCAAAAGAUAUGUGAAUGCGAAGAACUGCAAGAAACAAUUGCUUCCUUGAAACAACAACUUGUCCAAACAGUUGAAAUGAAGGAUUUCUCCUCAGUGAGUGUCAAAUCACAGUACUUUUGUGAACAAACAAACUUUAUGGAGUCAGCACCAUCAAUAGAUGUCUCUGCAAAGUUCCUACAUCAGGCACAUUUGGUAUCUGAAGUUCAAGAGCUAAAACAGAAGGUAUCUGAAUUAAGUGAUGCAAAAACCCAACUAGAAGCACGAAAUCAGAAGUUGGCUGAGGAGAGUGCAUAUGCAAAAGGGUUGGCUUCAGCUGCAGGUGUGGAGUUGAAGGCAUUAUCAGAGGAAGUCACGAAGCUCAUGAACCACAAUGAGAGGUUGGCUGCUGAAUUGGCCUCUAUGAGAAACUCUGGUCAGCGGAGGGUAAGCAAUGGACCAAAGAAUACCAAAAGAGAUAGCCAUGUAAAACGGCAUGAACCAAUUAUCAAGAGGGAACAAAUUGUCAGCCGUGAAAGAGAGCUAGAAGCUGCACUCAAGGAAAAGGAAAAGAGAGAAGCAGAGCUUCAGAAGAAAGUGGAGGAAUCCAAACAAAGGGAGACCUUUUUGGAGAAUGAACUGGCAAACAUGUGGGUUCUAAUGGCUAAGCUGAAGAACGCUCAAGGAAACGAGCCUGGAGAUUUAGAAUCCAUGUGAGAGUGGGUUUCAUGAGACGGGAACAACAUAAAUGGAGGAUACCAUUUUUGUUCAGCAUUCUAUAGGUCAUAACUUGUGUGUUGUGUAAAGAAAUAUUGUAAAUUGGGCUUUGUUUGUAAUGUGAAUUAUUUUGUAUCUAAUGUUGCCAUC